UUUUUCUUUUUGUGUUUUUUAUACAUAUUUGGGAGGUCAUAUAGCAAUAUUUAUUGAGAGGGUAUGAAUAUUUUAUACACUAUGCAUUGACAAUUGAGUAGUAUUUACUUGGAUACUCCACAUCUGAAAUAACAUUUUUUUUUGUGUUUGCACCAGGCUAUGUCAACAGGGAACCAGUCAUCCAUCUUGUUUUUCCAGCUUCUUGGCUUUCAGAAUCCCGAUAGCCUCAAAAUCCCCCUCUUCUGCUUAUUUCUCGCCAUCUAUAUGUUUAUACUAUCGGGGAACCUAUUGAUUAUGAUACUCGUAAUAUCAAGCCGAAGACUCCAGUCGCCUAUGUAUUUCUUCCUCAGCCAUUUAUCUCUAUGCGAUGUGUUCUGCACCAGCAAUAUCAUACCGAACAUGCUCCUUAUUGGGAUACUGGGCGUCAUCUCGGUGCCGGUGGUCAAUUGCUUUCUCCAGUUCUACCUUUUUGGUUGUUCGACUUCCACAGAAUCUUUUCUGCUUACAGUGAUGUCCUACGACCGAUAUUUGGCCAUAUGUGACCCGUUGCAUUAUAUCUCCAUUAUGGACUAUCGACUCCGUCUUCUAUUAGCCAUAGGGUCCUGGGUAUUGGGCUUUGCGUUGACUUUGAUUCCUGGCAUCCUAGUGGCCACACUCCAGUACUGCGGCCCCAAUGUCAUCGACCACUUCUUCUGUGACUUGGCUCCCUUCUUGAAGUUGUCCUGUUCCGACGUCUCCGUUGUACAGACGGAAAUCAUCGUGUUUUCACUCCCUAUCAUCCUUCUGCCUUUCCUGGUCAUCAUAGCCUCCUAUAUCAAGAUCUUCCUCAGUAUCAUGAAGAUUUCGUCUAAAUCUGGAAGAAAAAAAGCUUUCUCGACAUGCAGUUCUCAUUUAACCGUUGUGUGCAUGUACUAUGGGACCCUAAUAAUUGUCUAUAUGGUCCCAGCAACAGGAGACCUAUCAAACAUUAAGAAAUCGCUGUCCCUGCUGUAUAUUGUUGUCACACCAUUAUUUAACCCUGUCAUAUAUAGUCUACGGAACAAGGAGCUACAGACUGCUAUGCAGAAAAUAAUUGAGCAUAAAAAGAGAGUCUAA